AUGGCUAUCGACCAUCCAGGCUAUGUAGUGUAUCCAUCCAGCACUCCGGGUCCAUUCGCGUCGACGUCUACUCUUGGAUGUCUCACCCGACAAUUGGCUCGAUAUCUGGAUGUUCCCGGUGCAUGGUUCGCGAAGGAAUGUGUUGUCGACCGUGCGGUACACUCUUUGGCGUUGAUGCUCCCGAGGUUCUCUUCUCGCUCUGGUUCAACGUUUCAAUCGUCGCCAAACGUGUGUCCCAGGUAUCAAGUCAAGCCGCCUGCAUUCGGGGCUCCAAUGGUUCUUCGAGAUGUUGGACGUCACAGCCAGAGAGAUGGGACGUCGGCGCGUCUCCUCUAUGGUACGAGCGUCUCGAAGGCUUCUUUUUCGAAACGGUCGAGCGUCUCUUCUUCGCAGGGCGGGAAGGGUGCAAGCCGGGCCCUUACCAUCCCUGUGAAGCUCGUCCCAAUUUAUGUGAUCACUGAACAACUCGUGGAUAAUCGAACUGGGCAACUUCACGAUCACAGUGGGAACAAGCGACAGGGUGCUCCUCAAUACAACACCUAUCGCACAGUCAUGCUGGAUAAAGUCUACUUUCAGUCAUCAAUGUUAGAUACGUGCAAGGAGCCCUGA